AUGGCAGACAGGCACUUCCAGGCGGAAUACGACGAACUUCUGGGGAACUUCGUGGGCAACACCCUGAGUGAUCUGACUGCUUUCAUUUCAUCGGCGUCAGAUCCUGUCUUGGAGCGCUCACGGAAUCGUAAUCAAGCGACUGGCUUGUUAGAGACCCUACAGAACGACCAAAGACCAGAGGACGACUCCCGGCGCCCGGCCACGCAACUGCCCCCAGUUUUUGGCUACCGAACUAUCCGAUCCUUGAACGGCCGACAGCGACACGACGUCGGCGCUGAAGACGAUUUGGAGGCGUCGGAGGAGUACCCCGAGGAGAACCGACGUGUAAAGAGGAGGAAGCUGGAUUCUGAAAGAGCCUCGCAGAGUUUCAAGGGUUUUCGAUAUGGAAGAUAUGGUCAGGUCGAGCCAGGCCAGCUGAAGAUGGAAAUCCUGAGCUGCGACGGAGGACUAUUCGAAAACGGGUCUUCAUAUGCUUACGACAACAUACUAAGAGACGACAAGACCGUCUAUUGCACGCAGUCUAAUCGUUGCAAUAUCAUACUGAAGCACCAGGGUGCGACGCCGUUCAGUUUGAAAGAGCUCGUGAUCAAGGCUCCAGCUUUGAAUUACUCCUCGCCUGUACGAGAGGGCAUGGUAUUCGUAUCCAUGCACCAGGAUGAGGUCUUGACGCGAACGGCACAAUAUGAGAUUCAAUAUGCUUCAUUGAGAUCAGGCCGAUCAUCGUCCACAAGACCGCUGGCCCCAAUCAUCUCUAUUCGGCACCAUGAGGACGGAACUACCGUGACCAGGACACACACUCGACAGAGACGGAUGUACAGUAUGGACGGGGAAGAUGACGAAAACGAGCAGCGGACGGCACAAAUACCCGCAGAGUUCACAAGUCAGCUGCCACCUUUCAACAUCACAACCGAGUGCAGCUACGAGGAGACGGAUGACGAAGAUACACCAAGAAUCUCGGUCAAUAGGCGAGCACCGAAUAGAAUCGGAUCGCUGCCGUUCGAAAGCGAUAGUAGCGAUGAUGGGAACCCGUUCGCGUCGGACAGGUAUGAUUUUGAAGAUUAUUCUUUCAACAACAGACGCCGAGACCCGUCGAAUAUGUCUCUGGCAGAGGCUGUUGAGGCCACUCAGAUGGCAACCCAAGAAGCUGUCCGAGCUGUGGGCGGUGAAUUAAUGGCGCCGCACGCCAAGUUCUUCAUCGAGAAGGACAAGAGCAAGUGUACCAUACGGUUUGACCCCCCAGUCUCGGGGCGGUUCAUUCUCCUCAAGAUGUGGAGCAGCAGCCGUGCAUCUGGAAGCAACAUUGAUAUACAAGCGGUUCUCGCAAAGGGCUUCGCGGGGCCUCGGUAUUUCCCUUCGGUGGAACUGCGAUGA